CCAGCCGCCACAGCCGCCGUCACAGCCGCCGCCGCCGUGCCCCGCCGCACUGGCUGCCACGGGUCAGGAGCGGGGGCGGCGCGCCAGCGAGACACGGACCGUACCUGCGGCCCCAGCUGGUGCCGCUCAGGAAGUGCUCCAAACGGAAACAGAAGGCCCCCACUCGGCUACCGGAGGCUGUCGCCGGCCAGGAGCCGGAGCCGAGUCCGCCGGCUGACCGGCCGGCCGCCUGGGGCUACCCUUCGACCGUGAUCGGGCACGGUGGGAGCCUCCUGUCGACCGAGCGGCCAUGCGAACUGAUGGACGGACGCGGGCUCCCUGUUCAGACGCUGGUCACGCUGGAGCCGAUGGUGGAGGGCGAUCUAGCUGUGUCUGACCGGGGCGAGGAGGAAAAGGCCACUGCGCUUUGGUGCGCCCCGUCCUCCCACCCCGCACGACCGGGUUGGAGCGUGUUCUCGUCCGCACUGGCACAGCCGCCGGCGGUUCGCGAUGCUGGGGAGGAGGCGCCGCCACACUCGGCACCAGUUUCGUCAGACUCGAAACCCUCGCUCCCGCUGCUGGACGCCACGGAGACAGGAGGUGUAGCCUGCACGCCUGUCCCCCAGACGCCGGGCAGCGCGCUGAGCGCGGCCAGCCCGGCUGAAUCAGGCGACGUUGAGAUGGCCGAUGACGGCGACGCAAAGUGGCGACCGACACUCGAUACCCCCGUCACGCCAGUGAAGGCGGUGGGCGACAGCUCGCCUAGCUCGUCAGUUACAGGCGCGUCACAGAUCGCCGAGGACGGUCCGAGCGGCCACUGCCGGGGCGUCCGGGCGCCGUCGCCGGAGGGCGCUAGCGGCAAGUCGAGGUCGCGCUGGCCGCUGAGACUGACGCUCCGGGAGCCUUCCUCGUGGCACCGCCGGGCCCCGGAGAGGGUCCGCCCGCAGGCGGAGGCCACGCUGUCUUGCGGGGUGGCAGAUCGUCCGCCGGGAUCUCCGGCGGACGACAACGUCUCCCCCCGCGUCAUCGCGCUGCUGGAGAGCCAUCAGCCGGCUGCCACGUGGCCCCAGGGAACUGAUUCUACCAUCGUAUCGAUGAAAGACCCCGGCCUGGAGGACACGGCUCGACAGCCGGCCCGGCCGCCCGACCGGCGCUCCCCGUCACCGGAUACCGUGCGCGUGUCUGUGGGUAGUGACGACAACAUGGAGUCAGCGGGUGCGGCGGACGCCAUGACCGCGGUCCAUCACGUGACCACUGUGGCGGCUGACCCGAUCUACGUCGACGUUAACAACAACGCCGUGGGGUGGAUGACCGACUGCCGGUCGCAUUCGAUAGCCGCCGCGGCGAGCGGAGCGCGACCGGAACGCCACGACGACAGCCCCGCCGCCGCCGGGGCCGCUCCACAUCCGGACGGCGAGAAGGAGGCGUUGGCCGCGCCGGGCAAGGCCUCAGCGGCCCACUCGCCGCUGCUCGUCGACGUCGACAUCGGCCGCGUCUUCCUGACGGCCAACCGGACGCUGUACGGCUGCGAGGAGCCCGACGCGUCGGAGGCGAGCGCAGCGCGGCCCGGCGGCGGCAGCGACGCCGAGGACGACGACGAGGGCCGGCUGUACAUCGCGCUGGAGCCGCCGUCGCCGGACCUCCUGCAGACCGGGCUCGUCGCGCUGGACGGGACGCGGCCGGCGCCUGUUAGCCACGCGAGGCCCGAGCUGGGCGCUGCUGCGGCACCGGCGGUCGGACCCGGGCAGGCGCAGCUCGCCGACCAGAGGCGAGCGGCAGCGAGAACCAAGGUCGGUCGCCGCCGCAUCCGUGAACAGGACAAGCCGCUGCAGUGCAGCAAGUGCGAUCGUCGGUUCGUUCUCAAGAAAAUGCUGGAAAAUCACAAGUGCGGUGUCACCUAUGGGUGCGCUGAGUGCGGCAAACUGUUCAAGAAACGCUGUCAGCUGCAUGCGCACUCGUUCAUACACAAACAGGUGAAAGACUUUGUGUGCGAGAUCUGUCAGCGUGCCUUUAAGGAGAAGAGCAACUUCAACCGGCAUGUGCGCACACACUCAAGCCUGCGACCGUACAAGUGUCCGCACUGCGUGAAGUGCUUCAAAGUGGCUGCCACGCUGUACGUGCAUCGGCUUACUCACGACGCGCGCGGCCGCUUCGUCUGUGAUUUUUGCGGCAAGGACUUCAAGCGGCCCGAGCACUUGCGCCAGCAUCGGCGCAUCCACACGGGCGAGAAGCCGUACCGGUGCGCCGUCUGCGAGCAGCGCUUCACCACCGACAACACGCUGCGUACGCACAUGCGUCGGCACACUGGUGAGCGACCAUACCCGUGUCCUGUCUGUCAGAAGCGCUUCACACAGUCGAGCGCCAUGAAGACGCACUGGAAGCGUCACAGCGAGGAGCGCGAGUUCGACUGCCCCGCCUGCCACCUCAAGUUCAAGCAGAAGUACGACCUGAACCGGCACAUGGUGUCGCACAACACAGAGCGGCCGCACCAGUGCGGCGUCUGCCACUUCUGCUUCAAGACGCGCUCCAGCCUGCAGAAGCACCUUGAGACGCACGCGGAAGGCCGCCAGUUCGCCUGCGCAGCGUGCGGCAAGACGUUUCGCCGCCUCUCCUACCUGCGGCUGCACGAGAGCACGCACGGCGACGGCCGCCGCUUCACGUGCGCUCACUGUCCCAAGUCGUUCACGCGCCGCUACAACCUGCGGCUGCACCAGGAGGAGCACGAGGAGGGCGGCCGCCGGCGGCACGGCUGUCCCGUGUGCCGGCGCUCGUUCCGGCUGGCCCGUGGGCUGCGCCAGCACACGGCCACCGCCCACAGCGGGCCCAGCCGAGGCACGGCCGAGCCGGAGGCCACGACCGAGAGCGCUGCCGCGGCGCAGGCAGAGGAUGGGAAACCCGCAGGGCUGGGGACUGCCGGCAGCCAGCGAGACCGACCGGCGACGGGGCAGAGCUGCGGUACUAGUGCCCUGAGGGAAGAGAUCAAGGACGAGGGGACAGAGAUCAAAGACGAGGGGGAAGAGGUCAGGGACGAGGGGUUAGAUGUUGAGGACGGAAGGGAGGAUGAGUCAUCUGAGGAGGAGGAGCUGGUCGUUGAUUAG